UCACCUUGUGCCAACAUCAAUUCACAGCCUCCACAAUCACUGGAACUUCUACUCGGAACACAGGAGUUGCAAAUCCACUCCAAGCUCGCCAUGAAUUCCCUCAGUGAAGCAAACACCAAGUUCACAGUUGACUUCUUCCAGGAGAUAAGAACAUUAGCAGACAAUAUCUUCUUUUCGCCUUUCAGCAUCUCCUCUGCCUUGUCCAUGGUCUCCUUAGGGGCCAAGGGAAACACUGCACGGGAGAUUAAGGACGUGCUUCACUUCAGUGAAGUCACUGGGGAGAAAACAAAAACGGCUACCACCAGUCAGGCUGAAGAGUCAGGAAUUGUGCAUCAACAGUUUCAAAAGCUGCUGAAGGAAUUCAACAAAUCCAGUGAUGCAUUUGAACUGAGGAAUGCCAACGGUCUUUAUGGAGAAAAGACUUUCCAAUUUAUUCAGGAAUACAUAGAUAAUGUGAAGAAAUUUUACCUGGCCAAUGUGGAAUCCCUUGAUUUUGCAAACAAUGCAGAAGAAAGCCGGAAGAAGAUUAAUGCCUGGGUGGAAAGCCAGACAAAUGACAAAAUCAAAGACCUGUUUCCUGAUGGUAGUCUUGAUCAAAACACCAUCUUGGUUCUGGUGAAUGCAAUCUAUUUCAAAGGGCAGUGGCUUCAGAAGUUUGAAAAGGAAAAUACUCAAGAAGGAACUUUUUGGCUGAACAAGGAUGUGAGCAAACCUGUGCAGAUGAUGAGCCAAACUAAGCAUUUUAGGUUUACAUCCCUGGAGGAUGAGCAAGCCAAGAUCCUGGAAAUACCUUACAAAGGCAAAGAGCUGAGCAUGGUUCUCCUGCUUCCCAAUGAAGUGGAUGGCCUGCAGAAGCUUCAAGAUAAUCUCACCGCUGAGAAACUAAUAAAUUGGACAAGUGCAGAGAUUAUGUUGGAGACAGAAGUGCAGUUACGCUUACCUCGGUUCAAACUAGAAAAGAAAUGUGAUCUCGGGGACAUAUUGAAAAGCCUGGGGAUGGUGGAUGCCUUCAGUCCACACAAAGCUGACCUCUCAGGCAUGAGUCAGGACAGGCGUCUUGCAGUGACAAAAGUCUUCCACCAGAGCUUCGUGGAGGUGAAUGAAGAGGGCACAGAGGCUGCGGCUUCCACUGGUGUUAGCAUUGGUGUAACAUCAGCACCCAUGCUACAAGAAUUUUACUGUGAUCACCCUUUCCUCUUCUUUAUCAAGGAAAAUAAGAAGAACCUCAUCCUCUUCUUUGGCAGAUUUGCGUCCCCUUAAGUAUGACGACUUGGUCCACACUUUUGGGAAAAGUUCCUAAAAAUGAUCCUAGUAAAAUGAUGGGUGACGUCAACAGGAUCUCUUUCCUUGUUUUCCUUCCCAGUUCCGUAGCCACCACUCAAAUUUCAGCAGUGAAAGUAGCAUGGGUCUUUAUUUUUCCCU